CUGCCUCAAUCAGUUUAGCACAAUGAAAGAUCCCCGUUACUUUGCAGCGACAGAUGAUCUCCCAGCUCACUUUACAUUAUGAUGUUGUAGCUUCCCGAGCUGAUUUUGUUUCCUUCUCAGUUUUUCUGUCGGUGGAAACAGCAGAAGAUCAGCCUGUGUGCGUCAGUCAAAAUGCAUCCGAUGUGCUCCGGCAGCGGUGGAGACAUAUUUGACUGUAUACAGCGAGGAAAUAUUGAACAGUGUAUACACUUCGUGCAGAAUGACCGAUCAAUCCUCAAGCAGAAAGGCUGGGGUGGCUUCACCCCGCUCCACUACGCAGCCCUCCAUGGCAACCGCUCCCUGGUCGACCUUUUCCUCAGUACCGGAGCUGAUCCGAACCUGACAUGUGAUGCAGGACAGACAGCCUUUCAUUUUGCCUGCAGGCAAGGGAACAUCUACAUCAUACAUCAAAUGAUGCAGUAUGGAGCUGAUUUGCAGCUCAUAGACCUGCAGGGAAAAACAUCACUGCAUCAUGCAGUUACUGGAGGAAGCAUUGUUGCAGUGCACUAUUUGUGGGAGACGGGAAUGUUCCGGUUCUCGGACACAGACAUGUACAAGGUGACGCCUCUUCAUCUGGCUGCAUCCACAGGAAACACAGAGGUGGUUCGAUAUUUGCUCAGAGACCAGAGGUGUGCUGUGGAUGCAGUUGACCAGCAGGGGGCGACAGCGCUUCACGUUGCAGCAGAGAGGGGCGGAGUGGAGGUGUGCUGGACACUGCUGCAGAGAACAGGGUGCAGGAUGCUCCAUCAGAAGAAUCACAGCGGCCUCACGCCACUGGAUCUCAGCAAACAGGGGAAAGCAUUUAGACAUCAGCAACUCACCAAACUACUGAGUCGGUACAUUAAUGAGCCAAUACACCACAAGCCCAGAGAGUCUCAUGUUUUAUACUACUGGACGCUGUUUUUUCCGACCCUGAGUGGAGCUGCCAUCCUGCUGAUAGCAGCUAUGUUGGGAGGCUAUGGGGGGCUAACCUGUGGUUUGCUGUUCCCCUGGCUGGCCAGAAGCAUUUUCACACAGUACCACCGCAUGACCACAUAUCAAAGGUUACCUAACCCUGUCUACUUGGGAACCCUCUUAGCUGGUAUGUUCCAUUCCCUGCUCUGCUUCUAUGGAAAAAUGAUGCCUAGUGUGUGGCCAACCAGUGCUUUGGCUCAGGUGUCACUGGUCCACUUCACCAUACUCCUCGGGUUGUUCUGUAAGGUUCUGACUCAGGACCCCGGGGAACUGGACAGAGCAGAUGCAGAUCCUCGGUUCUCCUGUAUUGCUGACCUGGUGGAGAACAACCAGAGCCCUCACAGGUUCUGUCCGUACUGUGAGUUGUUUCAGCCUGACUACACUAAACACUGUAAGCUGUGCGAAGUGUGCAUAAAAGACUACGACCAUCACUGCCUUUUCCUCAACCGCUGCGUCGGCCGGGGUAACCACCGCCUCUUCCUCCUCUUCAUCCUCUCCAUGGUGACUGCACACCUUCUUUUCAUCGCCACAGCAACAAGUUACCUGUACAGCAAGAUGUCCGCGGGCAGUUCCGGCUUGUCGUCGUGGCUCACGUUGUUCGGGGAGGAGUUCUGGGUUGUGGUCAUGAUGAUCAUGAAUGCACUGACACUCCUCUGGGAGGUGUGGCUUCUGACUGAGCAGUUUGAAGCCGUCGCCACGGGAACGACCACCUACUUCAGACAGUGUGAAAGCUCAGCGCGGCAGAGGUCACUCGGACAACGCUGGGUUUUAGUGCUGUCGUUUCUCCUGGAGGGUCGGAGACGGGUGGGCAGUGGACAAACCAGGGAGGACAAAACUGCCAUAGACAUUUAAAACGGACAUUGUGUGCAGCUGAUUAGAAGACUGAUUCAUCGUGUCUCAUUUACAAAUAUUCAUUAUUGCUUUAAAGCCUUUGGUGUGCAGUCAAUUUUGUGGCAAUGUCCUCCUUAGAUUCAGCAUUUCUCUAAUGCCAUAUUACACCUUGUACUUGAAAGUAAAAUUUUGUUACAUCUUAAUAUUAUAUUUUAAUAUCAAAUAGAUCAUAGAGUCGGCAGCAGACAAAGGGGCUUGCAGGAUAACUACCACUAAGAGUUUACUAGUUUUUAGAGACCACACUGAAUAACAGAAGUGUUUUAAUUCACUUGCUGGUUUACAUAGUAAUGUGUGAAAUACGGGAUAUUUCAUAAACUGUUCUAGCACAGAGCACCUCUAAUAACAUGAGCACCCUCAAUUUAACCUGUUUACAUAUCAGUACACUUUUUAAUGUCAGUUUUAUUUUUCCUUUAAAUAAAGGUUUGUCAUGGUGUAAAACACA